AGUACGAAUUGGGGCACGUCUAGCACGAAUUGGGGCACGUCUAGCACGAAUUGGGGCACGUCUAGUUUGAAAUGCUCCUCAGGCGAUUUUCUUCCCUCCUUCCCGGCCGGUAAUUCAAGGAUUAAGCUGGUCGCCUCGAGGGCGAUCGCGAUGCGGCGAGGGAGCCCGGCCGCGAGCGUUCCUCGGAGGGAUCCGAUCCCGCAAGCUGGAAUGAACUGUGCGGGGUCGCUCGAACGCCCGUAACCGGGCGGUUAGCGUUCUUGACCGUUGUCGAUUCCUCCCCGAGAGGUUCCUCCUCGUAGAUGAGGUGGGUCUGUCCAGAACGAGAGGACUAAACUUCUCUUCCUUUUCGUGACAACAUGACGGAGACCCUGCCGAGGCUGGGGGUGGAGACCGAGGUCGGGCGGGUGCGGGCGAAGAAUCUCGCAUCUGAAACCGGCGACGAAGGGCCGAGAAGAAAGAAGCGAAUCAGGGGACAGGUGACGCGGCGGCCAAGGAAAGUUCCGAGCCCCACGAUGACCGUUUCCAAGUUGGACGUGACCGGACGCCCGCGGUGGAUCAACGGGAACGAAAAGGAGACCAUCACCUUGCCCUACAUCAGGGUCAACAUGCCGACGGACCGAAAAUCCGAAUUGAAUCGCUUCAAGCGCAGCUACUACGAGGGACUUCGGAGGCUUCCGAUGGCAAAGCGCCGGAUUCGCCCUCCCACCGCCGCGUCGGCUGCGUGGAACCAUCCUCCGUCGUCCUUCCGGCAAUACCUCGCCCCCGUUCCAAUCCUCCUAAGCCGUCCCGCAUCAGACCCAACCUUCCCAAACCGUCUCGUAACCGCUCCAUCUCUCCCAGAAGACCCCGUAACCGCUCCAUCCCUCCUAUAAUCUCUCGCCCCAGUCUCCCCUCUCCGAAAAGAUCCCGCUCCCGUCCCGUCUCACCCAAACGAUCCCGCUCCAGUGGAAAUGAUACAGGAAGAAGUACUGAAACGGAGAACUCAAAGGAAACCCCUCAACAGGCGAACUCUCACCUAACUCCGCCCGUCAUCACACAAGAGGUGUCGACACAAACGGAAGUCACAGACAAUAAAGACUCGACUCUCGUCACGUUGGUGGAGAUGCUGGAAGAUCCAGACCCUCAGGUCCGACACCAGGGCGCGAUGGGCCUGAGGAAAUUUCUAUCUCACCAAAGUGCCCCCAUACAAGAUGUGGUGGACGCUGGAGCCAUUUUUCCGCUCCUUUCACUGCUGGAUGAUGCCGAGUACCCCAAAACCCAGUUCGAGUCACUGUGGGCACUGACCAACGUGAUAGGGGGAAGUUCCGCCCAGGCAGCGGAGGUCGUGGAAGCAGGCGGUCUAUCCCAUUUCAUUCGGCUUUUAAAAUCUUCAGACGAACAGGUGAAAGAACAGGCUGCGUGGGCUUUGGCGAACGUUUUCGGAGACGGUCCGGAAUUGCAUAAACUUGCCAUCGAAUCGGGUGCCGUGGAACAUCUCCUGUCGCUUUACGAUUCGGAAGCCUCGAUUUCCACGCUUCAGAAGUUGGCGUGGGCGCUGAACAACGUCUUCAGUCGCCCGCUUUAUCGGCGGGAAGUCAUGGAACUGACCCUGCCCAUCCUCAGGUUGCUCAUGGAGAGCAAAGACGAGGAGAUCCUCUACGACUGCCUCGAGGCCCUGACGCAUUUCACGGGUCGGAAUCAGGAAAACAUUCGAC